CUCGGGAACGAGCUCCGGAACACUGGUUGGUUUUCGAGACACAAUUGGCCAAUUGGAAUUCGAUCGAUUUGGUCGGGGGUGGGGGAGGGGGGGCGAGUUCGUCGAACGAGAGCUUCGAGGGGAUAUCAUCAUUCUGUGGCUACUCAUACGUCGCGUCGGUGCGAUCUGAACCUCGGGACACGACAAAUCCUAAGACUCCUAAAACUUUUUUGAACAGAGACUUUCCGACAGUACCGACGAAGAGUCGUUGCUCGAAACCCUCAACUUCUCGUUGGCAUAUGUAAUUUAUAUAGAGUUUAAGUUUCAGAUAACCGAGUCCGGCGUUGGUCGAGUCCCAGAGGGUCUAAAUCGUACUUGAACGAAUCGUGACGAGCGUUUUCAUACGGCGUUGCAAUCCAUGAACAAGGUCCUGCAGUCUUCGCCGGUGCGUCCACGUCGACCUGCUUCGUACAACGCCUCGAAGCCUACCCCACUCUGCCUCUGGAGCAGAUCUCUUUAAUUAAAAGGACAAACAGACUGUCUGACACUUACGAUCCAAGUUGACAGAAGAUGGAAGAUGUCCCUUGAGCAUCGGCAACACACUCUGCACUGGCUUCGCAGAGGGCUCUUUCGGCGCAACCUCGUUGACCUUCGUCCUCCGCGCGACCAACGUUGUUAAACGACUUCACCGACCUCAUGUAGCCCUAAAAUGAAAACCAUAAAUCAAGUGUACGUAAACUAUUAUGUAUCAUCAAGUACCUUGAGCAUUGAAAUGGAAGCGACAGCAGCUUCCGAGACGGUGUCCCGUCUUCCCAUCGACCUGGCCGCCAUGGAACGAUGAGAGAACGAGGUCUUCAACGCGUCCAGCAGAUUGAUCACUAUGCUAAUGAACUGUUUCGAGAGAAUUGGACUAUUAAAUGGACGUCUGUAGGAAAUGUUUUGAGAAACGACGGAGAGCGAAAAGCAUUGUUCUACUACAUUUGGGAAGCGUAUUUUUAUUUUACUUUCUGAUGGGCUCGUCGACGCUUCGUCGAAUUAUCAAUUUCAGUGAAGAGAAAUAAAGAAGAAGAUUCACAGGCAUAAAAAAUAUAUAAAAAGAAAUGUGUGGAUGAAUUGAUAUUCGACGAAACAGUGAGCAAGAGAGAGGGGGUGAAAUCAUUCAUGUACAAUGUGUGUUCGAGCAGGUACUAACCUCAGAAGCGUUUUUAGCCAUGACAGCAACCUGAUCGGGGUCUCUGCCCUGUCCUAGAAACGCGCCCAGCACCGCAGUCAAAAUGCCCUAAACAACACCGACACCAGCCAUAGUGCUCUAAGUUAACAUUCUCUGAUGAUUAUUUACAAGGAGGUCGGGUAGCUGACGAGAUCUCACGUUGAAGCAGAAAUGACCGUAAUCACGAAAAAAUGGGAGGGGGCGAGUGUGUUGUUGGCGAGCGUACCUGCAUGGGGCUACUCUGGUUGUCAACUUUGUCGAUACCGUCGACCGAUUGCUGGGGCCCACCUAGAAGAGCGGUGAGCACUCUCAACCCGACUGAUAGCAAGUUUGCCCAAGGGCUGGCUGGUGCACCGUCGUCGAUCUCGUUCUUGCUUGGGCCAGUUGCACCGCCUGUUUGCCCUAACAGCAUCUGCAUCAGCAUACUCAGCAUGUUUGACCACGAGAACCCGGAAAAUAUCUCUGACUGGAUUUACUUGAAUCUGAUUGGUGCUGAUGUCGUCCAGAUCAUCGAGGGCGACCUUCUUCAUGGCGUUUGGUUUCUCCGCAAAUUUCCUCUCGUCCCUGACCUGCUGCUGGAACUGCUGCGGAUACUGAGAAUGUUGUGGCAAUGACGCUGCUUGUCCAAGAACAAGCGCCACCAAGCAUAGCGACACGUACUGAUUGUAUUUCAUUCUGAAAGGAAAAUUACCAAUAUCGAUGAUUAAUUGAAAGAAGAUUAUGUGAAAGAUCUCUCAUAAUGUGAAAUAUCAUUUGCAUGACUCAAAAGAGAAAACGAGGAUAAGCAAUCAAAUUCAAGAAAGGAUUUAAAUCCAUGAUCUCGAAUCAUGUUCCAAGUAUGCACCAGCUUCCGUUCCACAUUCAUGUUCCUGUUUUCUAUUUUUCUCUCUUCUUUUUAACUCUGUACAUUUUUUCAGCACAAGUUCAGUGCCUACUGUUAUCUUUCUUUCUUUGCAGUACUUUAUUUAUAAAGAGCAUGGAACAUACAAAAGACUGUAAGACUAUACAUUGAAUAAUUGAAACCAAAUGUUUGAAAACUAUGUACAUUUGUUGAAAUGUAUAAUGUUUGCUGUAAUAUCCAUUCAAGUAAUACAGACAGCAGGAUUAAACUACAAACUCUUUCGAUUUUUAGAAUACUUAUAAAAGAAACUUAUAAAAGAAAAUGGAAAGAUAUCAACAAACAAGUAAUCUUUGACUGUGAAUAGCUCAAUAGUUUCAUUUUCUAAAUGUGAAGAAAUGCUUUGGAUAUUUUAUGAAGUGAAGAGAGCAUAAGUUUGAAUUAUUGUGAUAAAAAAAUCAUACAACAGUUCACUUGAUCUCAUUUUUAAAACGUGAAGCCUCCUUGACAGUCCUGAGUUUGUUCUUGUAUUUUAACAUCCCACAGCGAGUAGAAAAAUGAAGUUUUCUGAGUGAAGUACAGGAAGAGAAAUGAUUCCGUAAUCUCGAUGUGGGAGGCCAGAUUUACCUAGGUCGUUCGGUAAUCAACAACCUUGAUCUCUCGAGUCUCGGAGUGCGAUCGCGCGGCACACGGAACGAAUAAAGCGGAAUGGUACCGGCGCAGAGCGGAGGAACGACGCCGACGAGUGACAGGAAAGUGUGUCAGAGCGGUUAAGGUCACCCUGGCAGCACCAGGUAGCCCACUUCUCGAUCGAAGCUACCGGUUUGUUGAACCCGGCAGGUACCGUUACCUGAAAACGCGGUCGCGACCUACUGUCGCGGUCUUCCUUCUUCUCCGCUGCACUGAACGAACUAGACAAAGUAACAGAAAAAAGAGGGGAGGGGGACUAAAAGAAGAAGAAACUGUCGAGAUUGUCGAGCAAAAGGAAAUCCAGUCUUUU